AUGAGUUAUCAGCGACAAAGGGAACUUGAAGCAGAUUUUGCAUCAAUGCACGGUGACCAUGUGCCGCAAACACAAUUGAAGAGGCUUGAAAAGUCAGCUUCCAACCAUUACACGAACAACAUUUUCAGGCAUGUCUCUAAGGGUCUUCACCGGUGUUUGAUGCUAAAGGUUAGCCUUUUCAAGGAGACUUCAACUUGCAUCAUUUACUUUGUUUCAAGGUUUUCUUUGUCUAGUAGGAAAUGGAAUGUGACUUUGUCCAAAACAACCAGUGAGUUCAAAUGCUCUUGUAUGAGGAUGGAAUCAUAUGGCAUUCCAUGCGAUCAUAUUCUUGCUGUUUGUAGAUAUCUAGAUCUGCCUGAAAUUCCCUCAUCAUUAAUUGUGGGGAGAUGGACCAAGGAUGCAAAAGAGGGUCUUGAGCUGCGUGGAGAACAAUUGGGUGCAUGGGACCCCAUGGAUUUUUGUAGAUUUACCGUAUUGAGGGAAAAUUGCAGGCGAAUGUCUAAGGCGGCAUGUAGAGCACCGGAAACAUUCCGUGAAACAAAUGAACUGGUUCUAAAGCAGGCAAGGAAGUUGGAGAAAUUGGAGAAAGGUGAUGGAGUGAAACAAACUGUACAUGUGGACCACAACCCCAACGAUGCUGAACAAUUCUUGCGUGACCCACUCAAACCCAUCAAAAGGCGCAUCGGUGGCGCUUCUAGAGGUAGUGGACCGGGGAGGCAUACUUCCCACUGUGGUCUUUGCGGCGGGGCAGGCCAUAAUCGGAAAACAUGCCUACGGGCUACACAGUGA